AUAUCAUAUAAGUGACGGUCUACGAGAUUUCGGAGGCGAAGUUCUGAGGCAUUCUGCAAUAUACCGUAGUUUUUUUUUACUGCGUUUGCUGUGUUUGCUGCGUUUGCUGUGUUUGCUGAGUUUGCUAAAGGAAGGCCGUCAGUAUGCAAGACAUGGAUCAACUUCCUGAUUGGUGAUUUUGUCAUCUGGCUAACCUUCACAGAUGCAUUCAUGGAGCACUGGAUAUUCACCUUCAGAAGGCACUCGAAGGUGACUGGUAGCUUUGUUUCCUGGCUGACGUAGUUCUGGCGGCUUCCUGCAGAUAUACUAACACCUUCACGCAUUUCGCCAAGUCAUCUUCUUUCCUUUCACACACAACACCAUCUCGAUUGUCAUAAAUGUUUUACCAGUGGAAAGCUUCUGGUCUGCCACUCUUUUUCAACCGCACUGCGCAUCUUAUUUGCCAGGAUAUCAACAUAUAACUCUUCCCAACAGCAAUUGCGCAACCUGGGCAGGCUUAUUACAGCAUCUGCUAUUCUCAGAGAUCGUGGUUCUUCAUUCUCAAAGGUUAAACCUACUCCGCACUCCACCCGGAGACUCGCAACUUAAAAACAUAUUCCCGAUAGGUCGCCUGGCAAUCUGCCAAUGCCUCACCAAUCAACUAAUAUUCUCAUAGGCAUCAUGUCUAGCGAAACCCAAAAGAUCCUCGCAACAGUGGUCAAGAUUCGAGAUCCGAAUGGCGAAGUGAGAAACCAUAUAGUUCUUAGUCUAAACAUGGGGCUAGGCUUUGAUAUGGGAAUUCCGUUCCCGGUCGAAGACUUGAAGGAGUUAACUAACCCACACCGCUGCACAAUUACCAUGAACAUAGGCUGCCGCAAGGUGAGUUUGUUUUGCCUUUUUAAUAUAGAUAAUGAUUGUAUGCUUAAGUGGAAUCAUCUGGACUCACUGCAAACGCUAAUCUAGUAUUCGCAGAACGAUACUCCCGCAGUCAAGCUCAUGUUGGACACCAUCUGCAAGGCACUCAUUGCAAAUGCUCGAACCGCCCACCUUGUUACGCACACGGACAUGAAGAAGCAUAUCGAGUCGGCGGCCAAUAAUCCUCUCUUCAAACUUAGCGCCGUUGUUCCAGGUCAUCAAAAAUACGCUGAGGCAGUCGAGAAGUUUUACGCGGUCUACCGCAACGACCUAAAUGGUACGGUUGGAGAGGACACGGCCGGGGGUAUCAUGGAAGGACUCAAUAAUGCCAUGAUUGAGUUGCAGUUCAUUUGAAAGGUGGAUGGAUUGCACAAAGUGGAAUUCAAUUAGGUUGGGUCAUAAGUAUGGAGGUCAAGUUGCGAUCGAGUUUCGAGGGUCGUUGGUAGAUAUUCAUAGAAGAAAAUUCGAAGGCAUCAAGAGGUUGAUCACUGCCAGCAGCUUCAGGGGCUUUGUAG